CUGCAACACCAGCAGCAGCUACGGUUCCCAUGGAGACGGGGCCUGCUCGGCAGAGACCCGCCGCCGCUUAGAAAGCAACUCGCUCAACAAUGUUAAAAAUGGAGAAAGAACUAAAUGAACUUCUUGUGAGGAAAGAACAAGAAUGGAAAGAGCUACAAGCUCGCCAACUCUGUUUUCAGAAGACAACACUGCAGGAUACCAGAAAGCAGCUCCAAGAAAUGCAUAAAAAAUUCAAUAGGUUAAAAGAAGAUUUCACCUAUAAUCUGAAAGUUCUGGAAGAGAGAGACAGAGAACUGGAAUGCUAUGAUGCCAAGUUUACUCAUUUAAAAAUGGCUGAACAUGCUAAACAGGCAGAAGUUAGCGAUCUUAGGAUACAGCUGGAUAAGCUGCAACAAACACUUCUCAAGGAAACCCAGAAACAAGAGGCUCUGCAGUACCAAUAUCAACAAAAACUUAAAGAACAUCAGUUAGAGAUGGAGCGGCUGCACAAUUCUAAGGUUUCUGACAUUGACCAUCACCGUGAGGAGUAUAAGAAGCUGAAACAGCAGUUGGAGAGAAAACGCCAAGAAGUGGAAGGAGAGCUUGCUUUGCAGAAACAGGAGCUGCUAAUGGAAUUUGAUGCAGAAAUUAAAAAGAGAGAACAUGCAUUUCAACGGCAGACAGACGAAAUGCGUAAUUUAGUUCUUUCUCAUGAACUCAAGGUGAAGUUGUUGACCAGAGAACUGGAGGCUCUGAAAGAGGCUGGGAUGAAAGCUGCAGAAUCAUUGCAAAUAGCAGAAACUACUAAUUUGAAGUUAGAGAAAGAGGCCAAAUGCAAGGACUGGGAACUUAAAGAUCUUGCAGCUGUGAAAGAUGCUCAGAUACAGGAUUUAGAAUGUAAACUUCAUUUAGUAUACCAGACCUGGCAAAAAGAGGAAACAUUUCAGAGAAAACAUGAGGUGCUAGAUCGCUUUGCCAAGGAAAAGGAUGCAGUACUGGCUUCAGUGAAAGAAGUCCAUGCUGAGCAAAUACAGAAGUGGGAAAAUCAGAUAAGAGAACUGCAAAUAAGUCAUGAAACUCUGGAAAUGGAGCUAUGUAGAAGGGAAUGGAGGCAUGCAGAUUGUCUGAAAGAGAAAGACACUGUUAUUGAAAAGUGA